UUGCAAUUGCUCGCUGCAUUUCCAUUCAUAGCGCCAUCUGUCUUGAUUUGUUUAAAUAUCAAUUAUGUGAUUCUGGACAAAUAGGACGUGUGUGUGUUGAAUUGCGUCCAAAAAUAUAAAAUCAACUAAAUGGCUCACACCCAUCCCCCAUUGCUCCGUUGCGCUCCGUCGUUGACAGUCCAUAGACAUCAAAGUCAAAACAUAUAGAAUACAACGGAGCAUAACCGAGCCACGACAUGCUGAGUCGUCGCAACGGAGCACGAAUGACCAUCAUGGCUCUUAUAGACCACAGAUUAUUAAAUAAAGUACAUAUUCUUCGCGAUCCAUCAAAAUAGCUGCAAUAUAGGACGAUAUUAACCACGGGUGAAUUAUGAGCGAUCCGCCCCACGGGCCUUACUACCCUCCUCCUGGCCACUACCCUCCGCCUCACCCUCACUUACCCCCCGGAUCAUUCACGUAUCUUCCUCCAGCGUACUCAUAUCAACCGCCACCACCACAAUGGGCCCAACAAUCCUACUACCAACCACCGCAAACUCCUACGCAACCAUACUUCCAACCACCCGCGCAACCACACCUACAGCCCCCAUUGUCUGCGCAACCGCACUCACAACCACCACCAACACUACCAUACUAUCCAGCGCAACCACAAAUCGAGCCACCGACGCCUACAACUACAGAGCCACCGAACUUUACUGUUAAUGUGGUGGAACAAUCUGAAACAGCUGACCCUGAGCCAGAAGCUGCCUCCACUCCUGUCCAAGAAGCCAUAAGCUGGGUACCGGCAACCCCUACUACUGCACAGAAUCUAGACUACAAAGCCGUGGUAGGGGGCAAGGAGGGCUACGACGGAAGCCCCCUAUGGAUCAUCAGGGCCCACCACAAGGGGGAAAUGAUACCAGGAAAGCUUAACAUCAAGCAUCGAUACGCGUACAUACCGAGCUUGGGGAAAGAGAUUCCAGUACACAAUUUUGACGUUUUAUGCUCGAAACCAGGGGGUGUCCAGUGGUUAUCUGCAAAAAACGGACAGGUUCCUAAAAAAGCGGUCGAGGCUGGAUACGCGAUCAAUGCAGAACCUCUCUACAUCGGCAGAGUAUCACACAAGUCUUCACUCACUCCUGGAAAAGUUCAACCCGGCCACGGAUGCUGCUACAUCUCCUUCCACGGCGUCGAGGUAUCGUUCAGGAAGUAUGAAGUGCUUUGUGAGAUCAUCUGAUUAUCAUGCAGAUAUAUAUCCUUAUAUUUAUGUUAUAAAUGCGAAAGUUUGUGAGGAUGUAUUACUAGUACUCUUUCACGCAAAAUCUACAGGACGGAUUGUUAUGAAAUUUGGUACACAGGUAGAAUAUAACCUGGAAUAACAAACUGGAGUGUUUGUUAUCUAGAAAUACCCAAAGGGAGCGAAGCCACGGGGCGCAGUUAAUAUUAUAUAUAUACUAAGAAGAAGAAAUAAAGUGCAAUUUUAUGUAAUUACGAGUCAAAAAAACCGACAAAUUUUGAUUAGUAAGAACAGUCAAAAGAAGAAAGUAAAAUGUGUACUGUAUGUAAAAAAAUAUUUAAUUAUUAGUUUCCACAUCUAAUCAAGAUUUUUUUUGUACAUAUUCGUUCAUAUAAUGUAUGUUAUAUACAUAAUUCAAAUCCAUAAAUGACCUAAUGAUUCCUAGAACAUUAUUUUUGUCGAAUGAAUACUCAAUGUUUUUGUGUUCAUCUGUGUUUAAGUGUUCGUUGUCGUGAAAUUCCAAUCUAAAUGAUAUUUUUAAAAUAAAAGUCGCCAUUACCGUCGUAUUUCGGGUCAUGGCGAAAAUCAUAAAUUCUUUUAAUUAUUACAUUUAUGUCCCAAUUUAUUUACGUGCACGUGAUCUUGAAACUGACCUGAAAAAACAUUCGCAACAUUGUAAAUAUCACAACUCUAUAGUAUCUAAUAAAAAAACAUACACAAAUAAUUUAAAUUCAUAUUUUUUUAAAGGAAGAAGAAAUAAAAGUCUACAUAGUCGAUCGACAACAAUAGCAUUUCCCAUUUCCAAAGAGGUUUACGCAAGGCAGACGGCCUAUCAAUUAGAGCUGAAUCUUCAAGUCUUAAUAGUUUUCUUCACGCGCCCCUGGUUUCGUGUAUCGCAGCCGUGAAUGUAACCGGGACCACGCGAGAAUAAGAGAAAGAAAUUUAAAAAAAACUACUUAGAUGGAUAGUGAUAACUUUCCCAAUCCAUAGUCACACCGAUUUACCACACCAAUAAGUUUACUUUGAAUUAUCCGUAGUUACACCAGCCAAAAGUCCAACACACUUUGACCAGUGUAUCGCUAUAUUUUCUUUAAACAUACAUGUAAUUACUCGUAUGUCCAAACCACCGAGGCAUCAAUUCAUACACACAUAACAUUACUCUCCUAAACAAACACGAGCAAUCACCCUUGUAAAUAUAGUGACCGCUCGUGCGGCAAAUGCAUCAACAACAAAAAAUGGCCGACUAUUCUUUCACAUUAAUCUACGCAGACACCCAAAUGAAUUGGCCAUUUUAAUCCUAGUGUGGCAAUGACUUAUAUCUGAUCCUGCUAGAUUGAGUUUAGUUAACAGGGCAAAGGAACCAACUUAUAUAUUUCGUUGGGGGAGCCGCUGCUGUAGAAUUUUUCACAAAUUUUUGUAUUUUUCUUUUCCAAUUUUACAAAUAUCUAUUUUAUUCUGUACCUGUGUAAAUGCGAAGGUUUUUUUCUGGUUACUGCUAUUUCAAACAUCCUAAUACCUAUCUAUUUAAUUAGGUAGGUGUUGUGUUGACAGAAUAUUUUUUCUUAUAUUUACACUUCUUAAUAACAAGUUUAUUUCAAUACUAAACCGUCAGUGGAAAUGCGGCAUCCAACAGUCUGGUUUCAUCGAUGCAGUCGCGAAUAUAAGUACAUAUAAACUGUUUUAUUGCUCCAUUAAACUUUUAUUGGCCGCUUUAUCAUUUAUAAUUCAGCCACAAAUAAAAUGUUAUAUUUGUUUAUGGAAAUGAUACAGGCUAAGACC